AUGAAGUUGCAGUCGCUUCUGUCUGCUGGAUUCUUCGGGAGACAGUAUCAUCCGGACAUGAUACUCUCUGUGAACACUAUAUCAUCACCAUUUAGAGGAACUCAAAUUGUAUACGCGUUGGGCGAAGACGUCUGCAACGCCCCCGACGUCCGCCCGCUCUCGCUCGGGGACCUCAUCGGGAAAGGGGUACACGUCUGGUCAUACCUGUGGCCACUUGUACCGAGCUGUCUCAGCUUUCUCGACUUCCACGCCGAGUCUCGUGCCCUAUCCUUCCGAGAAGCAUCCUUCAUAUCGUUCUUGGGACAGCUGUGGAAGAGCGAUUGGUCGGCAUCGCGCGACGCGACGCCGUACGACGUCACAUUUGAGGCCGCGGAGGAGCGCGAGGACGCUGGCGAGGGCGCGACAAAUCCGAGGACAUAUUACCGCAGCCAUUGCGCGACGAUGGGCAUGUCGGACGAGCAUUCUAGCAACGGCGGUGUAACCUUCUCGCUGCUGCAGAAGGCGGUGUUCUGGCCGCUGUACUUGUCCUCGCGCACGAUCUCCGCGUUCGACUUCUCCGUGCUGCGGCCCACGCCGCGAUUCCUCAAUGCGAUUGCGGCCACCCAUCCGUCGAGCGGUGGUGGCAAAGACCGAAUAGAGGAUGGGAUCGUCAAUGUAGACGAAGGUGCAGGCUAUGUAUCGAACGCACUGCGAGCGAAUGAUGGUGUUGUCCCGCUGUUUUCACAGUGGCAUCCAUGCGACUGCGAGAAUACGCUCUGCAGGCACUACAACCACGGCGAGGGCAUCCUCGACUCACCCGAGAAGACGCCCCACGACACUCCGCCUGAGGCUGGGGUUUGGCAUGUCCACGAGCUGCAGGACGCGCACCAUCUGUCGGUGGUGCCGAUUUGGGUCGGGUCCGGUCGCCAGAAGGCGUUUUGGCGAGAUUUGGGACAGUGGCUGCGUGCUAUAGAUUCUGCACGUGUUGAUGAUGUGAUCGCGGCGUUUGAGGCGUGA